AUGGCCAACCCUCAAGCCUUAGACCUCUCCACCAGAACAACUCCAGAGCAUAUCCAUAUAGCUGCAUUAGAGAGCAAUGGAGCUGCUAAAAUCACUCAUGCACUUGAACAUGAUGACCUCAACACAUCACCUCCAGCCGCAAAAAGGCGACGAUCGAGCUCUGCUAAUGAGACAGCUCUGGAACUGCCUGACACAGCAGAUAAACCACAGUUGGAAGCAAUUGUAGAGCAGAAGGAUCAAACUACGGCAGCGGUGUUAUCAAUACUCCCUACCUCCCCAGACACAAAAGUUGAGCUCAACGGCAGCCCCGAUAAUCUGGACGAAAAGAAACCAACUGGCCUGCUAUCCGGUGUUCAAGGAAACGUUGUCUCCGCCGCAUUCGCCCAGAGCCGGCUAGGACCAGACGUUGCGGAGGUCAUUUCGAACAUCAUGAGUUAUUCCGAGCGAGUGGAGGAACAGUAUAACCGCAGCCAGCAGCUUAGGAACUCUGGCGAGACUCAACCGAUAGUUUUGAUCAAGGCGAAUUCACAGUUAAAAACACAGAGCUUGCCAAUCCUUGACAACUUGUCAACUCAAAUUUUGACAUUGCUCGCCCAAUCCUCUUAUCAAGACUUGACCUCGAUUGUUUCCGAACCCAACUCCGACAGCGGACAAGCUUAUUCAACCAUGAGGUCCCUAUUCGACCAUACCAAGAAUGUAUAUUCGUCCAAAGGAUCAUUUCUAUCCCCACGGGAACUAGAUCUUACCGAGCCCACCCAGGUUGACAUAAUCAGGAAGGCCAACAUGGCGUCCUUUGUGUCGAGCAUUUUCGAUAGCCAGGAGAUCGGGUUUUCUGAAUUAGAUGCAAACUUUCUGGAAAUAUUUGUGCCCGAGGGAAGUCGAUUGUUGAAGGUACAAGGUGCACUAUAUCUGGAACUGAAAACUCAAGCAUAUAUCGCAGCAAUGAACUCCGCGAAGCGAUCGAAAACGGAACUUUUGCGUGAAUUGUUUCCGGAUGAUCUAGAAGAAAGAUUGCUUUCACGGAGACCGGGAACCAAGCAACUUGCCCCCAGUGAAACCGAUUUUGUGAAUCGUGCUUACUCACGACGUGAUAUUCUGCUCAAUGAGAUCGAUAACCCAGCGGCCGCUACUAAGUUGCCGGAGAAAUACCGUUGGGACGGCUUUUUGAGAGACCUGAGCUCGUAUGUGAGCAAGAACUUUGAUGCCAUUAGUCAUCAGCAUACAAAAAAGCCCAGUAAAGGGCGUCCAUCAACUAAUGGCGAGGCACAAGAAUCUCGCAAUACAUCUCUCGAAGGUCAAUUUUCCGUUGUUCCUAACCCACCAGAGGCUGCUCCGGUUGCGCGUAGUGCUGCCCAUAGCGAUCUUGUGGCAAGAGCCGCACGGGCUGCGCAGAUUGCUCUCCAGGGUCAAGGUGUGAGGGGAGCGGCACGGAAUGCUGCCAAAAUCUCUUUGCAAGCCCAGCAAUCCAAACCGUCAACGUCGCCUCCCGUACCUCCGCACCAACAGCCGAAACUGCAGCCUCAGCAACAACCCCAGCAGCAGCAACAACAACAACAACCCCGGGUUCAGCAGUCGCAACAGUAUCAACCAUCACAGCCUUUGCAGCUACAAUUCCAACAGCAGCAGCCACUGCCACCGCAACGACGGCCAACUAAACAACUACAGUUCAUUCAAACUCCACAGCAUGGACCGGUUGUCCCACAUGUAUUUCCUCAAAAUCCUCAGCGGCAAGCUUCCCAGCACACAUUCAAUCAAGCAGCUAUGACAACAACAUUCUCAGCUCAACCGACACACCCCCUACCGCUACAACCAGCCCAACCAGCCCAGAUUACAUUCAACCAAACGCCCUUACAUUUUCAACAGUACAACCCAGCCGCUGUCAGUGCCCCAGUCAGUGCCCAGGCACAUGCAGCGGCAGCCAACUACGGCUACAUGCCUGGCGUCCCUCAUUAUUCCCAGUCCCAGCCAACGCAAAUUCUCUACGAAAGAGCCAGAAUGGCAACAACCGCGAAGUCCUCGCCCACUAGCCGCCGAGCGGGUCUCCCCAGCCAACGUCGGCCCUGGACAACAGAAGAGGAGAAUGCACUGAUGGCCGGACUGGAUAGAGUCAAGGGGCCCCACUGGAGCCAAAUCCUAGCCAUGUUUGGACCAGGUGGCACAAUCAACGAAACCCUCAAGGAUCGCAAUCAAGUCCAACUCAAAGACAAAGCACGGAAUCUAAAGUUGUUCUUUCUCAAGAGCGGUAUCGAAGUGCCAUACUACCUCAAAUUUGUCACUGGAGAACUGAAAACCCGUGCCCCGGCACAGGCAGCCAAGCAUGAAGCGCGAGAGCGUCAGCGGAGACUGGGGGAUGAAGAUAAAGCGCACGUGGAGGGUAUUGAAGGGAUGAUGGCACUUGCUGGAGCGCACGGGGCGACGAACAUAUCUCUGGAAUCGGCGCGUAGUAGCAUGACUAGUUCUCCUGCGCUUGUGCAGCACCCUGACGUGCAGCAGGGGCAGGAACAGAGCAUGGAGCAAGCACUAAUCCAAAGCCUAGUACAAGACGCCAAGCAAGAUGAGAUGCGUCUCGAGCAGCAACAGGGUAUACCGCAGAAUAUUUCACAAGGUAUCGCACAGAAUAUGCCAGAGACUAUGGUUGAUCCGUCACUUCAGAACCCGCAGUGA